AUGUACGAAGGGAUUGACAACCUGAAAUCCCUUUACGACCGUGCCGGGAAGACUUUCUCCGGCGGUCCUUCUGCGGCACAGGAUGUGCCGCGUCGUACUGCUCAACCAGACCCAGUACGUCGAUCAUCAGUUGGGAGCGGGGCUCCCAAGAAUCCCAGGACGGGGGAUAGCCGCGCCACCGGACGAGAUAACUCGUCCGACGUCCGUUCACGUCGCGGUGGUUCAGCAGCUGCUCAACUAGAUAGCGCUGGCCACCGCGAGAGUCCUCUAAUGGAGGUGGAGGAGGAGGGAAGACGCUCUCCACACAAUCGUGGGGAUCCGUGUGUUCCCGAGAGCUUCUUUGAUCGCGUAACGCAAGGGUUACGCGGCGAUCUCGAACAUAAGCGGUACAGGCGUCUCCAAAUGGCGGACACUGCCUUGAAGCAUCGAGCUGAGUUUGCCUACGCUCAUCUUGAGAACGAGAGAGCUCUGACAUCUCUUCGUGACGAGCUAAGGGUAGCUCGUGGGAUUGUUGAUCGGUCUCGGGAUGAGAUAGCUGCUCUUCAGACCCUUGUUGAUGCCCACCAUCGGGAGCACAAGGCUCUCUGCGAGAUGCUUGAGCGCAAGGGCGUUCUUCAUCGGAAGAAGCAGCGUACUGAUGGUACGGCUUAA